UUUUAUUAAAAUUAGCUUUAAUUGACAAUACACUAUUACCAAAGUAAAAGUUGAUUUUUCUCUUGAACAAAAAUUUUAGGUAUUAUUAAUAUAACAGGAAAAUACUUCUGUUCACCUUUUGAAUACAUUCAAAAACAGAGAGAGUAAAGAAGAGAGAGAAUUUUCCCAUGCUCUGCGGUGGUUCUGGCUCAGCUCAAGGAGGAAGUCCUACCUGAAAAGGCUGCUGCUUAGGCUGUUACUCUUUCUUCACUCAGCCCCUCAUCUGAUCACAUCUACCGUCGCUCAGGGCCUGAGGGGGCGGGGGAUUAAGCAUUAUCCAAUCAGGGACGCUGGGCUGGAAACCGUCCAAUCAGGCAGGCAGCUGGAGGGAAGAGGAUGGCUUCCGGGUUUGGCGGGGCCUUUGUCUCCCAGCAGCCAGAGCUCCAGGUCUCGUGUUCACUGCUCUGUGUCCUCUGCACCUAGAGGCCAAGCCUCCGUGGCCCUGUGUCCUGCAGGUAUUGGGAGAUCCACAGCUAAGACGCUGGGACCUCCUAGAAACCUAGAAAUGGAACGAUUGCAGUUUAGAGAUGUGGCCAUAGAAUUCUCUCUGGAGGAGUGGCAUUGCCUGGACACUGCACAGCGGAAUUUAUAUAGGGAUGUGAUGUUAGAGAACUACAGACACCUGAUCUUCCUUGGUAUUAUUGUCUCCAAGCCAGACCUGAUCACCUGUCUGGAGUACGGAAAAAAUCCUUUGACUAUGAGACGUGAAAUGAUUGCCAAACCCCCAGACCUUUGGCCAGAGCAGAGCAUAAAAGAUUCUUUCCAAAAAGUGAUACUUAGAAGAUAUGAAAAAUGCGGAUAUGACAACGUACCGUUAAAAAAAGGCUGUAAAAGUGUGGAUGAGCAUAAGCUGCUCAAAAGAGGUUAUAAUGUUCUUAACCACAGUCUGACAACUACCCAGAGAAAAAUAUUUCAAUGUGGUAAAUAUAGGACAGUCUUUCAGAAAUUUUCAAAUUCAAACAGAUGUAAGAUACGACAUACUGGAAAAAAAUCUUUCAAAUGUAUAGUAUGUGGCAAAGCUUUUAACUGGUCCUCAAACCUUACUACACAUAAGAAAAUUCAUACUGGAGAGAAACCCUACAAAUGUGAAGAAUGUGGCAAAGCCUUUAAGCAGCCCUCAAACCUUGCUACACAUAAGAAAAUUCACACUGGAGAGAAACCCUACAGAUGUGAAGAAUGUGGCAAAGCGUUUAAACAGUCCUCAAACCUUACUACACACAAGAAAAUUCAUACUGUAGAGAAACCCUACAGAUGCGAAGAAUGUGGCAAAGCCUUCAAAAGGUCCUCACACCUUACUGUACAUAAGAUAGUUCAUACUGGAGAGAAACCCUACAAAUGUGAAGAAUGCGGGAAAGCCUUUAAGCACCCCUCACACGUUACUACACAUAAGAAAAUUCAUACUGGAGGGAAACCCUACAAAUGUGAAGAAUGUGGCAAAGACUUUAAGUACACUUCUACCCUUACUGCACAUAAGAGAAUUCAUACUGGAGAGAAGCCCUACAAAUGUGAAGAAUGUGGCAAAGACUUUAAGUGCACUUCUAACCUUACUACACAUAAGAGAAUUCAUACUGGAGAGAAGCCCUACAAAUGUAAAGAAUGUGGCAAAGCUUUUCACCUAUCCUCACACCUUACUACACAUAAGAUACUUCAUACUGGAGAGAAACCCUACAGAUAUAAAGAAUGUGGCAAAGCUUUUAACCAUUCCACAAUCCUUUUUUCACACAAAAAAAUUCAUACUGGAGAGAAAUUCUACAAAUGUGAUGAAUGUGGCAAAACCUUUACCUGGCCCUCACUACUCUGUAAACACAGGAGAACUCAUACUGGAGAGAAACCCUACAAAUGUGAAGUGUGUGGCAAAGCCUUUACUGCAUCCUUAACUCUAACUGAACAUAAGAGAAUUCAUACUGGAGAGAAACCUUACAAAUGUGAAGAAUGUGGCAAAGCUUUUAACUGGUCCUCAUACCUUCAUAAACAUAAGAGAAUUCAUAUUGCACAGAAACCCUACAUAGUGAAGAAUGUGGCAGAUAUUUUAAAUGUUCCUCCACUUUUAAUAAGCAUAAGAUAAUUCAUACUGGAGAGAAACCGGAUGAAUGUGGGAAAGCCUUUAACCAGCCCUCAACUCUUACUAAGUAUGAGAAUUUAUAUGGAACAUAAACUCAUACAAAUAUAACAAAUAUAAAAAAUGUGGCAAAGCUUUUAAAGGAAGUUCUCAACCCUUAUUACAUGUAAUUCAUACUGGACAGAAACCGUACAAGUGUGAAGAAUGUGGCAUGGCCUAUAAGAAGUUCUCAAUUCCUUUUUUCUUUUUUCUUUUUCUUUUUUUUUUUUUUUGAGAUGAAAUUUCAGUCUUGUCACCCAGGCUGGAGUACAAUGGCAUGAUCUUGGCUCGCUGCAACCUCUGCCUCCUGGGUUCAAGCCAUUCUCCUGCCUUAGCCUCCCAAGUAGCUGGGAUUACAGUUGCCCACCACCACGUCUGGCUAAUUUUUUGUAUUUUUAGUAGAGAUGGGGUUUCACAAUGUUGGCCAGUCUGGUCUCAAACUCUUGACCUCAGGUGAUCCACCUGCCUUGGCCUCCCAAAGUCCUAGGGUUACAGGCGUGAGCCACCAUGCCUGGCUACAGGUUCUCAAUUCUUAAGAGACAUGGUGAUAAUUCAUGCUGGAGAGGAAAUCUACAAACCUGAAAGAUGCGACAGUGCUUUUUACCAACACCUCCAAAUUUCCUAUACAUAAAAAUAAAUUACACUGAUGUGAAACCCUAGAAAUGUAUAAAAUGUGACAAAGCCGUUAUAUGGUUGUGACACUGAUUGUAGGUAAGAUAAUUCAUACUGGCAAAACUCCUACAAGUGUGAAGAAUGUGGUAAAACUUUUAAUCAGUGCUUACACCGUAUUUCACAGGAAAGCUAUUAUCCUUGAGAAAAAUUGUACAAAUAUAAAGAAUAUGGAAAAGCCAUUAAUGCCCAUCACAUCUUACUCAACAGAAGAAGGUUCGUAGUUAAUAAAAGCAUGAAAAGGGCAAUUACUGUCAAAAAAUCUUUCAGAAAAUAUAAGCCUUUAGAGUGAAGAAUAUUUAUUUUGAAGACAGCCAUUACAAAUAUAAAGUGGGUUGUAGUGCCUUUACUUGUGUCACAGAUCUUAUUGAACACAUUUUGUAUUAGAAGAAAACCCUGAAGCAGUUGCUCAAGCUUUGCUCAACAUUGGAAUUUAUAUUGGAGAAGAGUCCUGCAAAUGAAUUUGGAAAGCCUUUUUUUUUUUUCAAAAACUGCAGCUUAGAAAACACCAGAGAGUUUACUAAAAUAUAGUUUUGCAGAUGCAGUAAACAUAAAAAAAUUUAAUUCAAAAUUGAUUCUAUGUAAAUAUCAGAUAAUUUACAGCAAAAUAACUAAGGCACUGACACUUCAGACAUAACACUAAAUCAGAGUGUUGAGUAGAAAAACUAAUCCACGGCUACAGUGGUUAGAUAAAUUAUUUGUAUAUAACUUUAAAAGUAGAUUUUUUUGAAGCAUUGUAGUUACAUUGAAAGUAUAGUUGUUUCCUUGAAAAAAACAAUUUUGAAAAGUGAAUAAGUAUGUAAUAUGGUUUUCAUAUUACUUUAUGCUGUUAUUUCUAUUGUGUUCACAUGUGAAAGCAUGUGAUCAAUUGUUGCUGCAUCGGAUAUAUUAGAGAUUGUUUGAUAAUUGGGCAUUACUUAGAACCUUUUCUAUAAAAGAGUAAGAACAUCAAAAUCUACGAUGGAUGAUGAAAAUGUAAGUGGAGCCCCUCUUUGUAGUUAACUUAUACUAAGUAAUAUAUAAGGUGGGAGUUCAUGUUCUCAUUUGUAUUACCGUACCCUAUAACUUAAUGUUGACACUUUGCUUUGUCUUUUGGCUGGCCUAACCUACAUUAACAUGUACACAGAACAUCUUAAAACUUUUUUUUCAAAAGUUAUAAUGAAUUACUUUAUUAGCAACAAAGAUAAAAAAACAUGGGGGUUCAGAGUAAUAUUUUUCUACAUUAUAGUGAGAGAAAGAAAUUAUUAUAGUUAAAAGUAUUAAAAUAAAUUAGUAUAUUAUUCUACUAAUUGUACUUUUAUGUAAUAAAAUGCAGUACACUUAAAAAUUGUUAGAUUGUGUGUGCACUUAAUUUUAUUUUUUUUACCAUGUUAAGACUAUUGUGCAUUUAAUGAAGCAUUAUUAUGCCACUAACUUUAACCUAUUUAACCUUAUUCAACGGUGUAGGUAAAAGAUGGUAGCAAUAUACUAUUUGGUUCAUAGUGGAAUAACAUCUCUAGUAAUCCCUUUGCCAGUGGCUUUAAACUGUAAAUCAGCUGAAGAAUAUUUUCCCACUGGUUAAAUUUUUAUUCUUUUUUUCUUAUUGAAAUUAAUUAUUAGUAUUUUGGGGUAUAUAGUAUGUGUAUAUAUUUAUUCCUUAUAUGGCAUAUUUUGAUUCAGGCAUACAAUAUGUAGUAAUUACAUUAGGGUAAAUAAGAUAUCCAUCACCUCUAGCAUUUAUCUUUUCUGUUACAAAGAGUGUAAUUAAUACUUUUAGUGUAUAAUUUAGUGAGGCAGGUGGAUUGCCUGAGGUCAGGAGUUCAAGACUAGCCUGGCCAACAUGCUGAAAGCCCGUCUCUAUUAAAAAUUCAGAAAUUAACCAGGCAUGGUGGUGCAAGCCUGGAGGCUGAGGCAGGAGAAUCGCUUGAAUCCCUUAGGUGGAGGUUGCAGUGAGCUGAGAUCAUGCCACUGCACUCUGGACUGGGGAAUAGAGUGAGACUCCAUCUCAAAAAAAAGUGAAAGAAAUAUAAAUAAAAUUCUUACAUUUUUAGUCCUGAAAAAUUAUUAAUAAACAAUUGUUAUUUAAUUUUUUUGGAACAUGUGGUCUCUCUGCCUGCAAACAUAUACACUUCUAAUUUACAUAUAGUUAAAUAUACACAUAUUACUCUGAAGAUAACUUUAGGUGUAAGAAAAUCUUGCAGUGAGUAAGUGUGUUUGUGUGAGUAUGAGUUUGUACAUAUUUUCAGAAGAAAAGAGCAAUUAUUGGAACAAAAUGAAUUAUUUUAAUAGGGUAACUAAUAAAAAACUAAACACCUUGAAAAUGCUGAAAGCAAAUCCACACUUUCUGCUUUGUCUUGAAUUUAUUAAUGUAAAGUUUUAUGGCUUAUGUCUCAGAUUCUCCCCAGAAUCUGCCUAUUAAAGCACAGGCAAUUUUGUCUCCAGAAAUAACACUCUUGACUACAACAAUAAAAGCCUUCUUCAAACAAAAAAUCAUUUUUAACACUUAUUUUAAUGAAAAUUUAACCACAAUUGAAUAAUUGGUAUAUUUUUAUUAUUCUGUGUGUGAAUGCAUAAAACAGUACAUAAAGAAGCCAGAAAAAAAAGAUGUUAAUAUUUGUAAUGAAUUAAACUGGAAAGUAAUUAUUAUGUGCAGGUGAUAUCUUUGAUUAUGUAGAUAAGAAAAGCAGCAGAAAGACUUUUAAAAGUUUAUUCAGGUGGGUAGGCAACAUUCUAAGAUAAUACCCUGGAUUCCCAGUCUGUUGCACACCUGCUGUGUAAUACUCUCGAGUGUAAAAAUGUGACUGUGGUGGGAAAUCACUCAUGAAGUUAGGUUACCCAUGUGUUGACUUUGUGUUUAUCAAAAUGGAGAUUAUCCUGAUUGUGCUAAACUUAAUCAGAGGUGUUUUUAAGAGAAAGAGACACAUCAUAGAAAAACACCCCUGCUGGCCUGAAAGUAAGUGACUUCUAUAGGUGGAACAUGUUGUAAGCUGCUUAUGGUGGCCGCAUGGCAGAAAACAUGCUUGUAUAUUGUCAUCAUUCCUGCCUCUUGCAUGUUGU